GGGGGAGCGUAGAUUGGAGUUAUAAAAUGGCGGCUUGGGGCGCUUUCGGCGCUGUUCCUCCGGCGGUCUUUGGUUGAGCUCCCUGCUUUCCGUCACUGCCGAACACAGAGAGGCGAGGCCCCUGGAGGACAUGGUGUUUGAGACCCAAGGCUUGCUGACCACCAAGUUCUUCGAGAAUCUCGGCGCAGCGGAAGCGACCAGGCGCGCUCAGCCCAGCGAGCAGCGGCCGCUUCACACCCGAGGCCCGCGGCUACAACAUCGCACCUGCUCGCGGUCGCUCACCCGGCUUCCGCCGCACCCACAGCCCAGCGAGUGCCGCGGCGGCCGCCCGGGAGGUUUGAAAAUAUGGCCAAAAGAAUUGCUGAGAAGGAAUUGACAGAUAGGAAUUGGGAUCAAGAAGACGAAGCAGAAGAGGUGGGAACAUUCUCAGUGGCCAGUGAGGAAGUCUUGAAGAAUAGAGCCAUAAAGAAAGCAAAGCGUAGAAAUGUUGGAUUUGAAUCGGAUAGUGGAGGGGCCUUUAAAGGUUUUAAAGGUUUGGUUGUACCUUCUGGAGGAGGAGGGUUUUCUGGAUUUGGUAAUGGUGCUGGAGGGAAGCCUUUGGAAGGACUGUCUAACGGAAGCGGCAUAAGCAGCGCCCCUCCCUUCUCCAGCGCCAGGACAGCGGAGAGCAAGGCAGCCUUUGGAUCUGUUGCUGCAAAUGGUCCUACCUCCUUGGUCGAUAAAAAGAUCUUAACUCCCAAAACUAAUGGUGACAGUCAGCAGCCCUCCUCCUCCGGCCUUACCUCUAGCGCGGCCUGCCCCCGGGACGUCUAUCACAAGCAGCUGGCUGCCUUAAACUGUUCCGUCCGGGAUUGGAUCGCGAAGCACGUGAACACGAACCCCCUGUGCGACCUGACGCCCAUCUUUAAGGACUACGAGAAAUACCUCACUGGUAUCGAACAGCAGCUCGGGGGUAGCGGCAGCAGGCGCUCUGAAAGUGAAGCCAAGAAAAUGCCGCUUGUGACCCAGUCUCCUUCCCCGUUCGGGGCAGCAGAACUGCAGCGAGACUCGACAUUGGCGUUUGCGGGCAACAAGGUGGAGGACACUGCUGAGAAGCCACCGGACCCGCCCGGAGGAGCCGCGGGGGCCUCGUUUAACUUCGGCAAGAAGAUCGACAGUUCUGUCUUGGGCUCUUUAAACUCCGGUCCCCUGACUGCAUUUUCGUUUUCUUCUGGAAACUCCAGUUUAUUUGGCAAAGAGCUUACCCAGAAUAAACCGGUGUCUUCACCAUUUUCCACGAAAAUGUUGGAGGUACAGGCUGAAGGCGGCAGUAGCGAAUACAAAGGCGGAGAUGAAGAAGAGAAUGACGAGCCGCCCAAAGUAGUAGUUACUGAAGUAAAAGAAGAAGAUGCUUUUUACUCCAAAAAGUGUAAACUGUUUUACAAGAAAGACAAUGAAUUUAAAGAGAAAGGUGUGGGUACUUUGCAUUUAAAACCUACAGCCAAUCAGAAGACACAGCUGUUAGUGCGGGCAGACACCAAUUUAGGCAACAUACUGCUGAAUGUCCUGAUUCCACCCAACAUGCCGUGUAGCCGAACGGGGAAGAACAACGUCCUGAUCGUCUGUGUUCCAAAUCCACCUGUUGAUGAGAAGAAUGCCACCAUCCCAGUCACCAUGUUAAUCCGGGUAAAAACAGGCGAGGACGCGGAUGAGUUGCACAAAAUUUUACUGGAGAAAAAGGAUGCCUGAACACACUUGGACUAAGGGAUUGCUGCCAAGUUGCUGCUCCCCGCCACCCCUUAGGCUUAGUCAGUUUUUCUUCUUACUUUGACAUUCUAAGAAUUUAGAGAUAACUUAAAACUUUGUGAGGAAGAUUAAUAUGGCCAAUAAAACCUUUAAACGUUAAGUGUCAAGAACCUGUAUUCUCCCUUCUUAAGAACUGUCUGAUGUGUAAAAUACAUUUGAAUGAAAUUUUUUGGGAAGAUUUUUAAUGUUCAUUUAUUAAACUGACCACAAGUGGUUUCUUAAUAGGCUGAAAUCAGGGUAUCGAUUAGACUUCCCAAAGGCUGUUCCGAUCCACGGGUUUUGGGGUCUGCUGCCACCGCUGGGGAGGCUUCCCGGCAGCCCCCGCGUCCAGGAGGAAGC